AGGAGUCGGGGAGGGGGAAAGCGAGGACACACCCGCACAUACAGUACCCGGUGUGCACGGCGAGGAUGCUGCAGACAACAUGAGGUGAAUAUCAGCGACUCUCCCAUGAUGGAAAAUUCAUUAUUUCUCUUUCAAAAUCGCUUCUCUGCAUGAAGUCAGAAGACCUGGUUGUCGCAGCUGGUUUUUCACCUUCCUGAGUCCAGCAGGAGCAAAACUCAUCCACACAUGAAGAAGAUGUCAGCAGUCAGACCCUAGGUGACAUCCUGUGGCCGUCAGGUCUGUACGGUGUUGAGCCCCCUCCCUCUCCUGGCCCCUGCCUGCAGUUCUCCAGGCUGCAGGACCCAGACCCUCUGAAAAGUGCAGGCCUCCUCCCCCUGCAGAAUGACUGUUGCCACAGGCGACCCCUCUGACGAGGCGGCUGCACACCCGGGGCACCCGCAGGACUACGACCCGGAGGCUGACCAUGAGUGUUGUGAGAGGGUGGUCAUCAACAUCUCAGGGCUGCGCUUUGAGACACAACUCAAAACCCUCUCCCAGUUCCCAGAGACUCUGCUGGGGAACCCCAAAAAGAGGAUGCGGUACUUUGACCCGCUGAGGAACGAGUACUUUUUUGACAGGAACAGGCCCAGCUUUGACGCCAUAUUGUAUUAUUACCAAUCAGGGGGCCGGCUAAGAAGGCCGGUUAACGUCACCCUCGAUAUUUUCUCAGAGGAAAUUCGCUUCUAUGAGCUAGGUGACGAGGCCAUCGAGAUCUUCAGAGAAGACGAGGGUUUCAUCAAGGAGGAAGAGCGGCCGCUUCCCGACAACGAGUUUCAGAGACAGGUGUGGCUGCUGUUCGAGUAUCCAGAGAGCUCAGGUCCUGCUAGGAUUAUUGCCAUAAUCUCUGUCAUGGUCAUCCUGAUAUCCAUUGUCAGUUUCUGCUUGGAGACCCUCCCCAUUUUCCGCAACGAUGAGGAUGAAAUGCACAAGUCUCACGCGUCAGUCUUUUCACCUGAGACAAACACCACAAUCAUCAGCUACACAUCCACUUACUUCACUGACCCCUUCUUCAUCCUGGAGACUCUUUGCAUUAUAUGGUUCUCCUUUGAGUUCCUGGUGCGCUUCUUCGCCUGCCCCAGCAAAGCAGGCUUUUUUGGUAAUAUAAUGAACAUCAUUGAUAUUGUUGCCAUCAUCCCUUACUUCAUCACUCUCGGCACAGAGCUAGCCGACAGGCCGGAGGAUGGUCAAGGGGGUCAGCAAGCCAUGUCUUUAGCCAUUCUCAGGGUCAUCCGCUUAGUACGAGUCUUCAGAAUUUUCAAGCUCUCUCGUCACUCCAAGGGGCUUCAGAUUUUGGGUCAGACCCUGAAAGCCAGCAUGAGGGAGCUCGGCCUUCUCAUCUUCUUCCUCUUCAUAGGGGUCAUCCUUUUCUCCAGUGCAGUCUACUUUGCUGAAGCGGAUGAGCCCGAGUCGCAGUUCGAAAGCAUCCCAGAUGCGUUUUGGUGGGCUGUGGUGUCCAUGACAACAGUCGGCUAUGGUGAUAUGGUCCCAACUACCAUUGGUGGAAAGAUUGUGGGCUCUCUCUGCGCCAUCGCUGGUGUGCUGACCAUUGCCUUGCCAGUGCCUGUCAUCGUCUCCAACUUCAACUACUUCUAUCAUCGUGAGACUGAGGGUGAAGAACAGGCGCAGUACCUACAGGUCAACGUGCCCAAGACCGAUUCAGCGGAGGAGCUGAAGAAGAGUCGCAGCGGCUCCACCAUGAGCAAGUCGGACUAUAUGGAGAUUCAGGAGGCUGUGAACAACAGCAACGAAGACUUUCAGGAGGAGAACCUCAAGACAGCCAACUGCACCCUGGCCAACACAAACUAUGUAAACAUCACCAAGAUGCUCACAGACGUGUAAUCGUCAGCUGUUGUCCUCCACGUCACAGCGGGAACUUUGGAGCUGAGCAGCUGGGACAGGUGUACAGCCUCCCACCUCAUGUGUGCUGGAAAAAUCAAGGCAAUAGAAUUCAGGAUGUUGAUGAUAAUGCUGAUUAUGAUAGACAGUGAAAAAUAUGACAUAGACCAUUAGCUCACCCUGCGCUCAUCCUGUCGUCCCUCCCCACAACUUGCCCCUUAAAACUCCUGAUUACCGUCUAAGAGAGCGAAGUCUCAAAUUUUGUAUUUCUGCAUGGAUCUGGCUUCAUCUGUGUGGCCGUCUAAAAAAAGAAAAGAAAAAAGGGCCUAAAAGUGUCCUGCUCACUACAGUAGCCAACAGUAGUGCACAAACAGAAAAGACAAAGGUAGAAAAACUGCAAGAUAAAAAUAUAUUAUUGCUUAAAAAAAAGCAACACAACACACAGCCUGCUUCAGUCCCCGCUCCCCUGCUUCCUCAUUUCCCAAGGCACAUUGCUCCGCCCUGCGAUAUCUGAAGAGCCCUACUCGCGCGCUACAUUUGCUGCUUCCUGGAGCCAAUGAAAAAAAAAACUGUCUUAUGCUACAUCGUUCUAGAGAUAAGAGGACGUAUGAGCAUAAAGCAAGCUCACUCCAGCGCCGAUCUGGCCUGUGGGUGACUUGUGAUGAGGUUGGUGGUUAAGUACACCACGUUGUUUCAAGGAUGAAUGACAGCCAUUAGCGCUACGCUUAUGGUUCGACACCUUUUUUCCCAGUAGACAUCAGUAUCUGAUGAAUGACUGAGAAUGGCCUUGACUUUUCACUGCUUUGGUCUUACAUGUACUGUACGUAUUACAAUGCAAGCUCCCCCUGCCCCUCCAUUCACCCAAACUGGUCUUACUGCAGAGCUUUGAGGACAGCUUGAAUGUCUCUUCGUGUUUUUUUUAAAUUUGUUUGA